AUGCUAAGCGGCGGACGGGCGAGAGUGCCAAAAUGUGCCCGGUGCCGCAACCACGGGCUCAUCUCCAGCCUUCGUGGACACAAGAAGGCUUGCCGCUACCGCACCUGCCAAUGCCCGAAAUGCGGGCUCAUAAAGGAGCGGCAGCGUAUCAUGGCGGCUCAGGUAGCCUUAAAAAGGCAGCAGGCCGCGGAAGACAAAAUAGCCCUGCACCUGGCUUCUGUUGAAAGCGGGACCUCGCUGGAGGCGCUGCCUCCCGGUCGUAUAUACGGCAUGAGGGUCACCGGGCCGUGUCCGAGCCCCGACCAGCCUGACUCCGCGGCCGAUGACCACACGCCUAUCCACAUCGACAGCGAGACGAGCGAUUCUCUCCCGGACUGCUGCGCUGCUUCUCCGGACUCCGGUGGCAAUACUGCAACCUCUCCGAGGCCACGUGUCAGUGGCAGCGAAGAAGCCGAAGCAGAGGCGUCCGUGAGCACAGCAGGUCUCGAGAUGCUGAGCAAGUUGUUCCCGGGCAAAAAGCGCUCCGUGUUAGAGCUGGUGCUGCGUCGGUGCAACCACGACUUGUUACGUGCGGUUGAGCAUUGCAAUGUGCAGCAUGCCCAAACCGACAAAACAGUACUGGCAAGCGCCGGUGCAAGCACCAGCUACGAUUCCGUAUCGAGCUCCGAAGAGCGCUGGUCAGCAUUCCGCCCGGUCGGGCCGCGGCCAUUGUUGCAACAACUACCCGCGUUAGUCAUGGGUCGGGUGUGCGGUUCAGAUUGGUUGGUACCCCUGCCUGCGUUACCGGCACUGUCUGGACCCCUGCUACUGCCAUUCCAGCAUCAACCUCCGGUUUGCAACCCCUGCGCGCCCGACUGUAGGCAAUGUAAUCGACAUUAA